AUGGCAAUCGCUUUCGCGGAGCUCCUCCCGUUGCGCCGCAUGUUGGUUCCGCACCCAGCAUCCCACACCAGACACACAUCCCGCAUCCCACACGAAGCCAAUGCCAGCGUGCAUAUUUGCGGAAUGCUCAGUGCUGCCUUUGUCCUAGCCUUGUCAAGCUCCUUCGGUUCCAGGGUAUCUGCGUUCUCCGGGGCGUCGUCCCAAUUCCGAUCGGCGACGGUCCGCAACACCAGCAGACGAACAUCCACAACAGGAAAGGUAACACCAACAGCAGCGGCAGCAGCAGCAGCAGCACGGAUCGUCAUGUCGUCUCCCGCAGCGGCAUUCAUCGAUAUCGGGGCGAAUCUUCUGGACGAUGUCUUCCAGGGGAGGUACCACGGCGGCUCGCAGAAGCACGAGCCUGACCUCCACGCAGUGCUGGAGAGAGCGAGCGCUGCAGGGGUGGAAAAGAUGAUCGUGACGGCUGGUACCCUCGAGGAGAGUCGCGAAGCGCUGGCGCUCGCCAAGUCGCACCCCAACCUCUACAGCACCGUGGGUGUACACCCCACGCGGUGCUCGGAGUUCUUCGGCGGCGACGGCGGUGGCGAUGGUCCCGAGGCGCACGUGGCGGCUCUGGCAGCCAUACUGGAGGAAGGCAAGGCAGCCGGCAAGGUGGUGGCGGUCGGUGAAUGCGGCUUGGACUACGACCGUCUGCACUUCUGCGGCAAAGAAGACCAGGCGAAGGGGUUCGAGCUGCAGUUCGAGCUGGCGGAGCGGAGCGGGCUGCCGGUCUUCUUCCACUCAAGGGCCUGCAGGGAGGACUUCGCCAGGCUCGUGAGGCGGAAUCGGGAUCGGGUAUCGGGCGGGGUGGUGCACAGCUUCACGGGCACGAGGGAAGAGGCGGAGGAGCUCGUAUCCAUGGGCUUGUACAUUGGAAUCAACGGGUGCUCGCUCAAAACGGAGGAAAACCUCGAGGUGGUGCGCUCGAUCCCAGGGGACAAGUUGAUGCUGGAAACCGACGCCCCUUGGUGCGAGAUCCGCCCGUCGCACGCGGGAUCCAAAACGAUCAAGACGACCAUCCCGUGCCGCAAGAAGGAAAAAUUCGAGGUCGGGUUUUGCGUCAAGGGCCGGCAGGAGCCUUGCCACAUUGUCCAGGUGUUGGAGGUUGUGGCAGCCGCUAGAGGUGAAGAGCCGGGCGAGCUCGCCGCGCAGGCUCUGGAAAACACCAAGCGCCUCUUCUUCCCGAGCGAAGUGUAACAAAUCUGCCGCUUGGUCGUUGUCGUUUUGGAGCCAAUUUUGGUUCGCGGGAACGCCUUCGCUGUGUCGGAGUCGCUUUCGUCUGAUGUUCGGCGAUGAAAAGCUGUCUUUUGAUUUUUUUUUGGAGUGGAGGAGGCGUUGCCGGAAGAAUGCGUCAUCCGCAAUCACCUAUUGUAUAUAGUACAUGAAGUACAUUAUGCUUCUUUUUCAUGGAAUGUUGAAAUAUACAUGGGAACUCGUCGGUACCGGUUUCUUAAGCGGACACAGGCGCGUAGUAUUUCAAUGUGGCGGUACUUUUUUCGGCGGAUCCCGGUACUUCGGUUUCCAGCGGUACCACCUUUGGCGGUUCCCGGUACUGCAAAAUAUGCCGGUAUUUUUCUGGCGGCACUGAAAGAUGGUGGUAGCUAUUAGGAGGUUCCCGGUUCUUCAUUUUUUCGGCGGUACUUUUUAGGCGGUCACGCAAUAUGGCGGUACUUUUUAGGCGGAAGGCGGUUUUUCGUUUUUCGGCGGUACCGCCUUCGGCGGUUCCCGGUACUACCGAAAUGUGGCCGUAAUUACCGCCAGUACCGGGACCGCCGACCACGGCGGGACAAAAACGCCGGGAAUUUUCCCGACGUGCACCCUGGAAUGCCACGGUACGGUCCAUGCGCUUGUUGGCCGCCUGAAAAGCUCCGUGGUCCCAGGACUAUACUAUCUCUGUUGUGCAUGCACUUGCAGAGUGGUGGGCAGGAAGCCGUGCAUUUUAUUCUACGCCGAAUAGAAGUGCUACAAAGUGGUGCUAGUGCUCUUCUUUGGGUCCGUUUCGACGAAUGUUCUUGCAUCGUAUCGUACCGUACCAGUACACUGAAAAGGGCGUGGUCCCGUGGUGCAUUUCUGAGUGGGUGGGUGGGAUGCCCGGGCAGCUCUGUCGCUGCUCUCAGGACGAGGUCGUUGUAGUGGGCGGUGUUCGGGCUUCCUGGCGGCUAGACUGGGGCUGGUCGAUGUCGUGGACAACCGUCGGCGGCGCCCCUGCUGCUCUCACCAGCAAACUAAACCUGUUGUAACACCGCCUGACCAGAACGUUGCUUUGAGUUUUUUCGUGACUCCGCGAGUGGGAGGGUGAAUUCGUUGCCUCUUCCGACCGCCCCAACAAAGUGCUCAAUAGUAGGUCCAACACCCAAACGGUUCGUUGGCUUGCGUCCGGGGGGGGACGGGGGGGUGACUCGUAUGUUUCUUGUUGGUCGUUUUUUUGUUUUUUCUCGUUGGUCAACCCUGAAAAUUGACAUUGUGCCUGUGGUGGUCAGAUCUCCUGGCAGGUAUCGUUACACUACACUUCGUGGUCAACCAUCGACAUGAACCACGCCCCUUGCUAUGGGUAUGAUGUCUAAAAAGCAGAUUGCAGACGGCGGUGUGCGCAAAAGAAGGCAAACUCAAC